AGAUGAGGCAAGAACCCGUAAGCUGCAGGGCGUUCCACAGCAAGCUGCUGGAGUAUGAGGCAGCACAGGGCAAGAAUAUAGAGGACGAGAUCUACAUGGAUAUGGAUUUCCGACGGUGGCUCUACGGACAGGUUAAGAUUAACUUGUGCUCUGAGAUCGUGGGACCGUUGGAGAAGGUCGUAAAGUGUCUCAUCGAGAAGCGGCAAGAGAUGGUUGAUAUCAUUGCUGCCAGUGUAGUGAAGCAAAAAUGAAAAAAAGAUUAGUUACACGGGCGAAUGCAUGCGUUAUCUUAUAGACAAAGUGUUAUUACUUACAUUCAGAGGAAGAUUUAAAAUUUCGAGUUGUACAAACCCUCGACAACUGUGA